UCUUCUAUAGUUUAUUUAAAAUGACAGUUUAUUUAAAUGGCGGAACGGUAAUUAAUUAUUUAUUUUAUUAACUUAUUUCUCGAUCAGAGUGAAAAUAGGCACAAAUAAUACUUUCAAGUGUUUUAAAAAUACUAUACUCUGAUAGAACAAGCUUUGUUGCCUGUUGUAUGCAUCUUUUAUGGGAGUAGUGGGAUUUUUUUUCCACUUACAUGUGGGGGUUUCCUUGUAAAUACAAAUAAUAGCUUAAAAUAUCUUUUCAACUUGAAACAAAAACAGAUACCGCAAGGUUGAGAAAGGCUUCUUGAAAGAAAAAAAAAAGAGGAAUUAAAGGAUGAAGAACGGCGAGACGAAAAGAAAAGAAAUUAUUUAAUCUUGAUUUAUAUUCCUUUCUUAAACUUAAGUAAUCUGGAUUAAAGUAAAUGUGAAAUCAGAUUUAUAAUAAGAAUAAGGCUCAAAGAAAAAAAAAUUAAAUCAGAAAAAAAGAUAAAUAAACGCAAAUGGUAAAAAGGAGAAAAAAAUGCUUGUUUUAAACCGUAAGAGAUUUAGUGGUGUCUAUGGUUUUCCCCUUAGGAUUUCGCAUCGUUACUUUCAAAACGAGUUCAACAACAAAUAAUUAAACAUCCGCCUCCAGCGGAAGACACGCCACAUUUAAAACAUUCGUAAAGAAAAGAAAGUUUUUUAAAACGUACCGCAAAGAGGGUCUUAAGCUGAAAUCCCCCUAUCUUAUCCGGUCGCGUGGCCAACACGUGACAUCUAACACCCUUUCUUAAUACAUGAAAAAGAAUAAAAAUCGUCUGCCUCUUCCCCUGUUGAUCAGGAGACAGAAUUUAUUUUUAGCAUCUAAUUCCAGGGGAAGGGAAGAGCGAGAGUUAACUGCAACCGUUGGCUGCCUAGGUAAGAGAUUCUGGGAGAAGUGAAAGCAAGCAACUUGUGUGUCCGCCGACCCCUCUCUGUAGUAGUUGUUACAGUUUCGGUUUGAACAGUUUUUUUUCCUUCCCCUGUGAGGGUUGAGGGAAAGGGGCAACAUCUGGUGAAUUGUGUUGAAGUGCACGUGGAGUUGAUUGCUCACACCUGAAAUCUGAGUUUUUUUUUAUGCCUGGUUAAGGGAUACAUCUGACUUGUUGAUACUGGCUGUGAGCCAUCAUCUGGAAGCUAUGAUUUGAAAAGCCCAGGGUUAGUCAGAACGCCUGAAAAAAUAAAAAGAUCCAGAAGUUUAGAUAGGCAUUCCGCGGUCACUAUGGAUAUUACGUACGUUACCGAACGUAUAAUAGUUGUUGUCUUUCCUCGGACAGAAUCUGAGGCGACAUACAAAAAUAACCUUAAAGAAGUUACCCGGAUGUUACGUACGAAGCAUGGUACAAAUUAUAUGGUUUUCAAUCUUUCUGAAAAACGUUAUGACUUAGCCAAAUUAAAUCAAAGGGUUCUUGAUUUCGGAUGGCCGCAAAACCUCGCUCCUCCUCUGGAAAGGCUGUGCAGCAUUUGUAAAUCAAUUGAUUCAUGGAUUUAUAGUGAUCCACAAAACAUUGCAGUUAUACAUUCUAAAGGUGAUAUCGGAAGAGCCGGCAUUGUGAUAGCAGCCUACAUGCACUACAGCAACAUAUGUGCGAGUGCUGAUCAGGCUUUGGACAGGUUGACGAUGAAAAAGUUUUUUGAAGAUCGUCUAUCGGGUUCAAUGCAGCCUUCUCAAAAGAGGUAUGUGCAUUAUUUUGCUGGUCUUUUGUCUGGUGCAAUAAGAAUGAAUAACAACUCCAUUUACCUUCAUCGUGUCAUCAUACACGGAGUGCCAAAUUUUGAAUCCAGAGGAGGUUGUAAGCCUUUCAUCAAAAUAUAUCAAGGAAUGCAGUUGAUUUACACAUCUGGCGUUUACUCAGCGACUGAAAAAACUAAAAAGAUCAUCAUCCCCUUGGAAAGUGGGUUGCAGGUCCGAGGAGACGUCUUCAUUAAAUGCUAUCAUAUGAGCCAUCGACCCCUUGCCAGAUACACAGUAUUCCAGCUUCAGUUUCAUACUUGUACAAUUAACUCAGAUCAUGUCAUAUUUGAGAAAAGCGAAUUAGACAGCGCCUGCACAGAUUCUCGAUUUUCUGCUUCAGGAAAAGUUGAACUGAUGUUAUCGAAUCAUCGUGAAGACGUUCGAGGUAAUGGGUCAGUACAAGAUUCAACAGUUCCUGUCUGGAGUGCUAAUGAUCCUCUUGUCAAAUGGGAUUCCUACGAGAAUUUCGAUUUAGCACCCGAGGACAAUUUGGAUGAUGUUGGUUUACUUGAAGGGAUGUUACACGUUCUUUAUACAGAAGGUCCUUUAGAUGGUAGUUUGUACGCUACUGUCUCUAAGAAGAAAUACGCAGACGUACUUAUUCAUCCACAAAUGACCCAUGACCCUUUCGCAGACGUUGAAGGUCCCCACAGCAUUGACUCUGGCAUUUCCUCAAGUUCUGGCAUUCGUAAUGUUGAUGCCGAGAGCCAUAAUCCCUCAGAACGUUCCACAUCAAGAACGACUCCUUAUUCGAAUUAUAAAGAUGAUCAGUCGGAGUUGGACGAACUAGUUAACGGUAUGUUAAAAGAAAUCCAGUCAAUACCCGACGCACCAGUGUACAGUACCUUAAGGCCCUUCACAGCAUCAUUAACCACGCAGCAGCCAUCUAAAAAUAGAAACUUUUCCAGCAUAACUACCACUAACGCACCUAAUGACUAUUCAAUGCCGCAUAAUAAUCCAACGAGUAUCAUAAGUGUAAAUGGUAAUAAGCAAGUUCUAACUGAAAGUCCAUACAAAUCAGAGACCGUCAGCUACACAACCACCACGAGGAGAGAUGUCUUCAUCGAUGAUGAGGAGGACAUGCCAUACCACGCCAGGAAGUCCACGUCGCCCUUCACCUAUCUCAUGCAGAGUCCUGCGCCAGAAAGGAAAAGACUGCUGUCUGAUGGACACCAACCAUUGUCAAUACAGGACAGGUACAAAGACAAUUCCUAUUCGUGGCUUCAGAGGCAGCAGGAGAAGUUGAAGGCUCGCAAAGAAGGAAGGGGAUGGGAAGACAAACAUCAGAAGGAACAGCUAAUGCUGGAUGAACUGAGAAGGACACAGAAGAAGACUGUGACGAACGGAGAGUCUUUAGAAGACAUCAGUCUAGGAUUGGAUUUCUCAUCUUCAUCCAGGGAAACAUCUCCUUCCAAGGGCUUAAGUUACACGCUACCUUUACAUGUAAAUACUUACAACGGUCACGUGUCAUCUAGCCAAAUAGCUCCUAUGAAGCCUCCAGUCUACAGAAACACGAGUGCCCCAUCCUCUCCCCUCUUACCCCAGAGGAGUAGCAGCAAAGAUGUUACCCGCUACAGAUAUCCUCAAUUUCAAACUCAAAGUAAACCCAUAACAAGGCAAAACUCAGACACCUCAUACGAUAGAGAAAGACCAUUCGUCACAACAAAGAAAGCUCAUCAGUUGGCGAAAGAACAGAUCGCCAAUAAACAAACCUCUCCUCACAAUGUAAUCGCCUCCUCAACUGUCUAUGGGAAUGUUUAUUCACCCAAACCUGAAUUUUCAGAUCCAGGUCUACUAGGAUUAGCCAACAAAUCAAACGGAUUACCAGACACAGCUAAACUCGAUAAAUUGGAACAAACUCUUCAAGCUUUGUCAGUAUCGUCUGCUAGUUCCACAAACAGUCCUCGAGAUCAUCAAGGAUCACCCCUACCAUUCUCUCAGUCAACUCCCAACAAGGGUCAUUAUUUAACUGAAAAUUCAUCUUGGUCCCCUUCAGUUAUUGGAUCAAGCCCCCCAAGCAGCCCCUCUAAGAUGGACAGACCUAUUACCCCUGCUUUCCCGGUGCCACCCGCUACUCCUUAUCAAAACCAAGAUCCAACGUGUUCCAACCUGCCUCCAAAGAGUCCUUUACUAUCACGUAAGGAUCGCAGUCCAUCACCGGCCACCUUGAUAAACUUUCACGAUAUGCCUGGAGUCCCUCGAACAAACAAUACCAAUGGUCAGAGUUCACCAAGUGUUUACUACGGUCAAUCUCGACCCUCCAGCAUGGUUUCCCUAAAUGAAGGUACUGAUAUAAUUCAUCAACAUCCAAUGUUUGUGAAGGAUACAUCUAAGUAUUGGUACAAGCCUAAUAUUUCAAGAGAGGAAGCCAUCAGCAUAUUGAAAGACAAAGUACCGGGGACAUUUGUUGUUCGUGACAGUAACUCCUUUCCUGGAGCUUACGGUUUGGCUUUGAAAGUGGCUACACCACCCCCUAAUGUUCAACUUAACAGAUCCGCUGACCCAUCCAGUGAAUUGGUAAGACACUUCUUGAUUGAACCAACUACGAAAGGAGUUCGUCUGAAAGGAUGUCCAAAUGAACCAGUUUUUGGAAGUUUAUCUGCUUUGGUUUAUCAACAUUCAAUAACACCUCUGGCAUUGCCUUGUAGAUUAGUUCUGCCAGAACAAGAUCCAACAGGUGAAUCGGAUGAGCAAGUAUCUAAUAAUGACACUCUACUAGAGCAAGGAGCAGCAUGCAGUGUACUAUAUUUAAACAGUGUAGAUAUGGAAUCCCUUACGGGUCCCCAGGCAGUCAAGAAAGCGGUAGCUGAGACAUUAGCAAAGAAACUUUUGCCAACUGUUGUCCCUGUGCAUUUUAAGGUGUCAAAUCAAGGGAUAACACUGACAGACAACUCAAGAAAAUUAUUCUUCAGACGCCACUACCCAGUGAAAGCCAUCAGUCAUUGUGGAUUAGACAUUGGUGAUCGAAAAUGGACGCAAACAAAUGAUGAUGGAGUGCCAAUAAAUACUUGUCGAAUAUUUGGAUUUGUCGCAAGCAAGCCCACGAGUCCAUCAGACAACCAAUGUCACAUAUUUGCUGAACUGGAUCCAGAUCAGCCUGCAAGUGCAAUUGUUAACUUUGUUACGAAGGUCAUGAUGGCCGAAACUCAGCAAUCCUCCCAAAUGGUGUGAAUUUUUUAAUAGAUAGAACCUCUUUGUUUUGUAAAAUAUAUUUCUGCAAAAGUUGUAUUUGUUGAAUGUGUGUGUGAAGCCAAAAGUUGUUUCUGAACACUUGUGUACAGGUAUUCAUUUGCGAAAAGAAAAACUUUUAUAAUGCUUGUAACUAUUGAAGAUGUACUUCAUUUUCUGCUCUCUCUCGAGCAACUAUUUACGGAAUGUUUCUUUAUGAAGAGAAUAUUAGUUGAUGUGACGGCAGCUGGCUUUAGACAUUAACAGAUAAAUAUCAAAUACUAAAAAUCAACAUUUCUGUCCCAUAACCCAAAUUGUGGAUUAACAAUCUUUUCAACUAUACCAGGAAUGAGAAAAAUGUGUGAUGUGAUAAGGGAACAGAAGGUUGAAUAAAGACAUUAUUAAAAAACUGGAAGCAUUUCUGUGCAGCUAAGUGUACCAUCAUUGGCCAGAAAACUUUUUAAAACUGAUAAAAAAAGGAAUAAAACAAAAAACAAGAAAAAAAAGCAAUUCAGCAUCAACAGGAUAUAUCAUCUAGCGAGGAAACAAAGUUAAAAAAAAAGUACUUCCCAAAUAUUGGACCUUGGUCAGACUUAUAAUUUUAAAGGCUUCCCAGAAUUCAAGGUCAAUGCAUUACGCACAUAUUUGAACAAUAGUGGAUGAAGAAAUAUCAAUAGAAGAAUGUAAACCUUAAACCUUCUCAUUCAACGUUCUGUUUUCAUAUACAAAGAAUAUUUGUAAUUACGCCUAGAUUUCAAUAUAUUGUUGUAUAAUAACUGUUGGCUUUAAGUCUGGUAAUAUUCAAUUGCAUUUUAAAAUUAAUAAAUUCUAUAUUUGUGCAUUGACUAUAUCAGAUUUAAUUAGGUGGAGCAAUAUUAUUGUUAAAUGAUUUAAUAGGCUUUGCGCCAAAUGAAAAAGCCAUUUUGAAUAACAUGAAAAUUUUAUGUGUUUUUGUAAAUAAAAUUCAGUAUUGUAAAAAUUAUUACUUUGUUUCAAAAACGAUAUAUUUUAAUGAACAUUAUUUUCUUUUGCAAUCUGAGAAUAGAUAUAUGUCACUUGUUGCAAAAUAUUUACAUAAUUAGUGUUCUAUGUAAAUAAUGCUUAUGUAAGCUUUUUACAAAACAAAUGUUAACAAUAUUAUUUUGAAAUAUUCAGUCAUCUUUUGAACUGAUUAUAUUUUUGACUAAUUAUGCAACUCACAAGCUACUUACAAUAGUUUAAUAUCAAGAUAAAUUUGCUAAAUCAAUUUACAAAUUUAAAGUUAUAUUUAAUUAAUAAACAUUUGAAAGAACUGAA